UGACAAGUGAAUUACCACAAGUUCCAUUUUUCAAUCAGUAAGACGACUGACUUUUAAAAUACAAUCGGUGUUUAAAAUAAAAACUAAAUAAUGAAGUUCUCCCAGAUAAUGCUAAUCUGUUUUUAUGGAUUGGCAAUAUGCGACUGGAUUCUGGCUCUUCCCGAACCUAAGUGCGAGCUGAACCGGACUCUUGACCUUUCGGACUACGACCCCAUCGACCUAACUGUCGACCCCAUCAUGUCUGCCGAAGUGAAAGCAUUGGAAAAACAAAUGGAGGUUAUCAAUUUCAUUGUCUUUUGGCCGUUUAGGUUCAUCGGCAGUCUAAUAAAGGAGGACAUACAAAGGCUGCAGGAUAAUAUAGCAGUACUAAGCGACUUGGAACGACGCAACCUCAAGAUCCUCAAGAAAAGGCAGGACUUGGAUUUGAAAAUGGAUGAGCACGAGGAUGGAGACCAAAUGUAUGCCUACCAGAAUAGGGAGCCGAAGGCCUAUCGUCGCCCCAAGAGCCACAAGAACGUCACCCCGUUCGAGCCCUGGCUUAGUCUUCAAACCCCUACUGAGAACCUUCUGCCCUUCCAGGAACACCAUAUCACUGUCUUCGAGACGCACCACUUCAGACUGCACAACCAAACUUUAAUCGCCAGCUACUAACUAAUAAAAACCAACAUCUUUCGAACAUCACGAUUUAAUAUUUUGUACAAUUUACACUACUGAGACAAACGGCAAGAUUGACGUACGUAUCUGGUAAAUGGAUUACGAAUAAAAA